UUUGCUUCCAGGGAAAAGGGGAAAAGGAGGAGUGAUACCGGUACUGCCUGGUGUCUUCAAUCCCCCCCCCCCCCCCUCUCUGUCUGCCCAGGCGCCCGGCGCCCCAAACGUAGCCCACGUGCCGCAGCGAGGACGCAACCGGUCGACGCGCGCCGUCAGCUCCAGCCGCCCGACGAUGGACGCGACGGUCGAUGGGCGGGUGCCGCCGGACGAUCCGGCCCGGACGGCCACCAGCGCGCCGCCCAACUGUCCCCACAGACCGCAGGAGCAGCAUCACCCCCAGCCGCACCAACAGCAGUGGAAUUUGACGACGGACAACGCACACGCCAGCCUCCCCGGUGCCAUCCAGCGAAAGUCGCGCAGCAACGACCGCAGCAAAGAGCGGGCCGAACCCGGCCUCGAACCGGCCGACCACUACGGGGACGAUGGCGGAGGGCCCCGGGGCAGGGACUCCAGCGAUAAGCUUGUGGUGCACCUCAUCAUUGGCUUCCGUGAUAUCUGCGUGUUUACACUAGUGCUACCGCUCGGUACCUUGUUCGUAUGUUUCGUCUCCGCUUAUGUCUUCCAGCCAGAGGAAAUUCACGAGACGCACUGUCGGGUGUACAACAUCAUACCGUCAAUCAGUGCCAUCACUGGCGUUAGUCCACAGCGGUACCUGUGGCGUGUGUCGAUCGCACUCCACAUCGGGCCGCGCUUCAUCAUUGCCUUUGUCUACCGGAACUGGUACCGUGCCAUGGUUGCCGGACUGAACGAUCCCGCCCGUGUGACGAAAGCCUGCAGGAUGAUAAACAUCGUCUACUGGCUGAAUUUGGUCGAGAUCAGUGCACUAUGCGGUGUCACCUACAUCUCCAACAAGGAAAACUAUCCACUGCACGAGAAGGUGUUCAUCAUCUUCAUGACAACCUCGCUGUCCUACAUGCUGGCGACGCUGAAGCUGCUCAAGAUCCUGCAGCCGGACGGGCCGCAAACACCGAACGAGGAGUCGUCGCUGCGCUACAAGCAAGCCUUCUUCGCCCUCUCGAUCGCGAGCACGGUCGGGUUGAUACUGUUUUUCCUGAAGCAUCGCUUCCUGUGUCAGGAUCUCGCAUUCAGCUGGUUCGCACUGUGCGAGUACAUCGUCGCGUCCGCCAACAUGGGCUUUCACUGCACCACGAUGCUGGACUUCCCGACCGAGCACUUUCUGAUUGCCAAAAACGCGAAGCAGUACAAGAAGCAGCAAACGUCGCUCGGCUGGAAGGUGGACUGAGCGGGGGCACGGGCCCGAACCCAGACCGCACCCGAUCGAGCGUAAAGUGGGCGCCGGGUCGGCACGUGUACACAGAACCCUACUACUACUACAACUACUAUUACCACUAUUACUACCACACAGACACCCUCACCCACUUUCACAGUGAUUGUAGUAACUUUUAUGUGUUUCGUUAGGUUUGUUUUCUUUCCUCUUCUUUCGUUUCGAUUUUGUUGUUGUUUCGAUUGUUAUGGCGGCCGGUUUGCUGGGCGGGCCCGAACGUACUAACGGCGUCAGCCAUUUUGAACAUUUAAAUGUGUGUGUUUCCUUGAUCCUCGCCCACAAACACGGGCACGAUCCGUCGUGUGGGGCACUUAUGCGUAGUAAACUCACACAGGCGGCGAGCUGCGUGCGUAACGCCGUUACCGUAACGCUGGUGCUAUUGUAACGCAAUAGAGCAGCAAUAGCUGAGCAGGUCGUUGAACGAGUGCGUUGUCACGUGGGGUCGUCCUUUAAUCCACCUGACCUUUUAGUGCAAAUGCAAAGGCGGAAGGUGUCUCGAUCUAAUAAUAUAACAUAAAUUUAUAUAUUUGUAUACAUAGAACUAUAUAAGUAUAUAUACAUAUGCAUAUAUAUA